AUGGCGGGACGAGGAAUGAAUAGAUUUGGUAAUAUGAUGCCGAAAGGCGGUAGCAAGGGCAUGAUUACUGGUGCCGGGGCUUUACUGACUUUAGGUGCAGCUGGUACUUUAAUCAAUGCGAGCUUAUUCAACGUUGAUGGUGGUCAUCGAGCGAUCAAAUAUACACGACUAUUUGGUGUAAAAAAAGAAAUAUACAGUGAAGGUACACAUUUGAUGAUUCCAUGGUUUGAAACGCCUAUUAUUUACGAUGUUAGGGCAAAACCACGAAACAUCGCGUCUUUGACGGGUACAAAAGCCACAAUUUAUCGUACACUUGGCACGGAUUAUGAUGAACGAGUUCUUCCAUCAAUCGUUAAUGAAGAACUAA